AUGCCUGGCAAGACUAGGAUAGGAACCACUGAAGCCAGUGUGAAGCAAGACGUCCUCAUCACUGGUAAAGAUGUCCUACCAGAACACUGUUGUGUUGAAAACCUGAAUGACACCGUAGUGCUUUACCCAAUAGGAGCCUGCAGUGUCGAUGGGGAUAGGAUCACCAGCCCUACUAAACUAACUCAAGGAGCCAUGCUGUGCUUUGGCAAAUCUUGCUUUUUUCGCUUCAACAACCCUUCAGAGGCCAAACAGCUUAAGCAGGGUCUCUGUGGAAGAAAUGGCAUCGACAAUGGUGUCAGGACAACCUACGGCUCAGACGCACAAAAUGGAAACCAUCGGGAAAACGGGGAGACACACAACAGCGUUGGUUUCACAGAGGCUAUGAAGCCAUCAGGUCGUCCGGUGCAUCUCAGGUUGAACAAUACAAACAGUAACCACAAUGCCAUCCCAAAGAGCCCUCUAGAGGAGAGCAUUGAGGCAGAACUGAGAGAGAUAAUGCGGCAGGUCUCUAACGACGAGGAUCUGUUAUCCGAGACGUAUGUCAAUAAGUAUGCACUGUCUGAAUCACCUGAGAAGCAAGAUGAGAACGAUUCAGUCUUCUCCCCCAUUUCUGGCUUGUCAGCUAAUCCGGAUGUCUGGGCUGACACAGGACCGAAUAGUAGUGGUACUACGAUGUUUCCCUUUGGGAAUCCCAUGGACUUGCGUGAAACAGCAAUAUGCGAUGAUGAAUUUGAUGAAAAUGAUGGAACCAAUGCUACUAAUGACUACCAACCCCCUGUCAGUGCUAUCAGGUCAAAGUUUGAGGACUCUUUGAGAUACAGUGAAGGGGGAUCAUCGAAGAAGCUUCAUGUUGGUGUUACGACGAGUCCCCGUGGGACCCUGGAACACAAGAGAGGACCUCAUUCACCAAGCCGAGUCAAACUUGGUCAAAGCAGCCUGUAUUCAAACAAAACUCCUCCAAAGAAGUCCGACCAAAUGGAUCGAUCCUCAAGUGGAUCAAGUCUAAGCUCGGCGUCAUUGACCACAGUCACAAGUAAUGCCACAGAACGAGAGUCAUCUGGCUCCGAACAAUCUGGAAUAAGUUUAGCAUCGAGUUCAAGUUCUGAAAUCAUUGGACAAAAUAUCGUGUUGACUUCUCAAAGUCAGUUGCAUACUCCUUUACCUCAGUUAUCUACACCUGUGCCAAACUCAAAAACGAAUGGUGAUGCAAUUCUAAGGUUAAAGUCAGAAUCUCCUCCAGAGGUAAAAUCAGGGUUGUUACCACCAGAGCUCAGUAAACUUAUCAAUGAAGAAGAGCCACGGCAUACGCUGAUUCUAGAUCCUGAUGAGUUUGAGGAUCCGGAGCAAAAGGAGCUCUGCAUGCAACACAAGAUGGCCGUUGAGGAGCGCAAGCAGGAGCAGAAGAUGGCCACCUUGGAGCGGCUGCGCAUGGAGGAAAUCCUCAACAUCUGCGCGGAAUACGAGGAACAAAUCAAACACGAGAAGACAAGUGGGAGACCAAGCGAAAGCGAGCUCAGUGACAGCACGAUCGAGAGUGGCUCGUCAACGCCCAGAGAUGUCCACACCCCAACCUUCCCUCUUGAAGAAAAUCCUUCAUUCCCAACAAAUUUAUCAGUACUUGAAACAAAUAUGGACGAAGUUGAUUCAGUACCAGAUGCCAUCCCUGCCCAGGUAGCAUCGGAGUCAUCCACAGUAUCCGCUUCAUCGACAUUGUCAGCGACGGAUAAUGAGCCUCCUAGGAGAGUUUGGUUUGAGAAGCUGAAAGACCCGGACAGUAACCCUCCUGCAGAUGUAGUCGCCCCUGCUGUUAAAGUUGAAGAAGCCAGAGCAGUGGAGGCCAAAGUCGAGGAAGCCAAAGAGGAAAUGUCCUCAGCGAAUGAAGCAGCAACAGAGGACACCCGGAGUGGGGAUGAAGGGUCGCCUCCACCUAAGCCACCCCGAAGCAGGUCCAGUCUGGAUGGCAUUGAGGAUAUGAAAGCUGGAGAUGAGAUGCUCAGUAUGGAUGAGAUAAGUGUCGCCAUGACAAAGCUGGAGGAGGCGAGGGUAAUGACCAUCAAGAAAAUAGAACAGCUUGAGAUCGACGUCGAAGAGUUAGAAGUGCAAGAAACGGAAACGUUGCAAGAGUUGGAGUUGGAAGCGGCCCUCCUGGAGGGAGAACACAGAAGUGAGCUCAGUCAACUUCAAGAGAGGGAGGCCCAUGUUAGCACCCUCAAACGCAAGAAGGAUAAAAUGUCAUAUGAUGCCAUAGAAAAACGCGAAAGGGAGCGUCAACGGGUGGAGGAAGCACGGCGACGCCUCCAAAGUUUGGAGCGGCAACAUUUUGAGUUCAAGCAGAAGAUUGAGACGUCGCCAAGGGAGGAGCAAGAAGAGCUCCUGUCCCUCGCCCGCAGAGACUCCAUCCAACUCGACUCGGAGCGGAAGAAGUUUGAGGACCUGGAGUUCAGGCAGUUGGAGAUCGAGGCAAGGAUAGAGGAAGAGAAAGAGAUCCUGGAGAAGAGGUUGUCUUUGGAGGAGGACGAAGAAGAGGAGAAAAUGAAGAAUGCUCAGGAGACAGUAUAUGACAUCAACAAGCAGAUGACUUAUAUCAUCAGCGAUGCAAAGAAACAAGCUGAAAACAUUGAGAAGAAAAAAGUAGAGGCUAUAGCUCACCUUGAAAAGGAGAAGACAAUGCUGCUUAGCAUUGAGAAGCAGUACAACAACCUAGUCCUCUACUACUCGAGACAUAUCCUACCGAAUCAGAAGGAAACUCCAGAAUUGAAAAAAAUCAAGGAGAUGGCUGAGCGUCGCCUUCGACUCGCUCCGGAGUUGUCUCUCAGCGACGAGUUCCUCGCUAGACGGAAGACAUCAGGAAAUUUGACCCCAAACAUCGGGCUCAAAGGUGAAGGAGGGUCACCGUCUUCGGUGUCUCCGGCGUCGUCCACCAAUGCCUUGUCAAGGACGGGAACGACCAUCUUGGAUAUUGAGAGAAAUCGGAAACUAACCUUGGAAGAAACAGGUGAGCAAGUGAUAGAAAAGGAGAAAUCCCGCCUCAUGGAGAUGCGCAAGAAAGCCGCGGACGAGGGCAAGCUCCAGUGGGAGGAACAACGCAAGCAGCGAGAGCUCCUCAAAUCUCCGACCUCCACCACCUCAUCCGUCUCGUCAUCCCCUCUCAACUCCAUCAGUUCCCCCUCACACCUCGGCUCCCCCUCUCAUUUUCCGUAUCGACUCGAGUCGCCCACGUCGCUGGGGUACAGCGACUGCACCAGCGUGUCUAGCUUUGAGAGCAUCGAGGGGCAUUUGGACUUCGGGGGCAGGUCAGGGCACAGUACUCCAUCGCGGACGUUCAGUGGGAGUUUUGUGAACAUGUCAAGAGAGGAGAGGGAUAAGCUUCUUAUGAUGGAGAAAGCUCUCAGAGAUGCACAGGUGGAGAAGAUGGCUUUGCUAGAGCAACAGGAGAGAUUGAAGCAAUUGGAAGAAAAGGCCCUACAAGAGGAGGUUCUUAGGAGAGAAGAGUUGGAGAUAAAGCUGAAGGAGGAAACCAACAAGAGGGAAGAGCUUGUGAUGGAGCAGGUCAAACUGAGAGAGAAGGCACGCAAUGUACAGUCACGACCUCUCACCCGAUAUCUCCCCAUCACGUCGGAGGACUUUGACCUGCGUGCUCACGUCGAGACGGCCGGCCACAGCGUGGAUACGUGCCCGUACAUCGCCAUCACGAAAAACACAUGCCGGGGCUACAUGACCAAGAUGGGUGGUCGCAUCAAAACAUGGCGUAAACGAUGGUUCGUCUUCAGUCGCACAAAGCGAUCAUUCCUCUACUACUCCUCAGAUAAGGAUGAAACCAAACCAAAAGGCGGUAUGUACUUUCAGGCCAUCCAGGACGUUUAUUUUGAUCAUCUCAGACCCUACAAGAGCCCCAAUCCGACUUUGACGUUUUGCAUCAAAACCAAAGAAAGGACUUACUUCCUUGUCGCGCCAUCGCCGGAGAGCAUGAGGAUAUGGAUGGAUGUUAUAGUGACUGGUGCAGAAGGAUAUAUGCAGUUUAAGUCAUGAAAUGGGAAUCUCAUCAUGUAAUGAAAUAACUGAGGAUGGCCUUCAAAAUGAAUGGAUGUCACAGUUGCUAACACAGGAGGCUGUUAGCACGACUUCAAGUGGUGAUGUGGAUAUAUUUCCUUGCAACAACUGGAGGGAAAGCCUAAAAUGCAUAUCCUGGCUGUGUAACAUUGGAUGAAACAUCUGGACCCAAAGACUAUCUUUUCCAUCACAGAAAAAAAAUGCUUGUCUUGAAUGGGACAGCUAUCGAAAGGACCUGUUUUUACUUUAGUACAGAUAAAUUUGAGUCUUUUGUGAUAUAUUUUAUAUCAUAUCACCUUUUUUAUACAAUGUGAAGUUGGCAAUUCACCAUAUGAUAAUUCUUUUUACUAAAGAAUGAUGUCUGCGCAUACAAAUAACUUUUAUCGUUGGUAAUAUUACAAAGUAAUAAAGCAAUAUUUAACUUCACAAUUCUGCAAUUUUAAAUCUUUCAAACUUUUGUGGCCUUCAAAAAAAUACUCUCUCAUUUUGAUCUUUGACAUUCAUCCACUGAUGAUUUUAUCUUUGUCUUGGAUCUUCAAAAACGAAAAAAGAAAUAUCACUUUUUGUGACACACAACAAGUUUUUUUCUCCUUUUUUUCCUCACUUGUUAUUCUUCAAUACCAACUGGGUUUUACUAAGAGGUUGCACAUUUCCAAGGGUAAAAUAUAUACUGCCAUAAGUUAUAGUAGCAUGUAGAAAAUGAAUUUCCAUUUUUUUAUUUGUAACAUCUCUGAUUAUAAAGAAUUAUAAAGAAAUGUGUACAUUUAGUUGAUAUUUUUAAAUACACCAUUAGUACUGCAUCUGAAAAAAUAGUUGGAUAUGUUACAUUAGAUACUCUUUUACUACCAGCCAUUAUAAAUUUCAUACCAGUUUACUGGAAUAAAAUACACAGAAAAUUAUCCAUUGUUGAUUAGUUAUAUUCUUUGCAUAUUUUAAGCAAUUCUUUUCUCAAUGUUGAUGUAGUUUUCAAAAUUUUGUAUAUCUUUAUGAAGCAGUAUGUUACACUAUUGGGUCAUGGUUGCCCUAGCUAAUCAAAAUACUCGCAUUUCCCUAUCAAGUAAUAUUUAUAUUCAUGGCUUUUAGGUGCACCAUUAAAUAUGCUUGGAUUUUGACCUCUUCUUUAUACUGUAGCAUACCCAGUGUAUAAUCUCAUAUUUAUUACUUCAUUUUAAAUUUUGAAUUAUUAUUUCUUGAUUUACCUAAUGGUGCUCUUAUUUACAUAAUUUGGACAUGUAUACAUAUACAUAUAUAUAAAUGAAGUGAGAUGAUUAUAUGAAAUCAUGUUUAUCCUUGAUCAUAAUGUUACUGUAUACAUGACCUCCUGUGUUAUUAUAUUCAACUUUUAGUGACUGAAAAUUUGUACUAUUGUUCACUUGAACUCUACCAGAAAUGUUUAAUUUAAUUGUUUAAAUGACUGCAGUAUUUUCUUGUGUAAAUACUUUGUACAUGUAUAGGAUUAUUUUGUAUACAAUGCUUGUUCUUGUUGCCGGUCGAGGUGUCCGAGUUAGCCAUUUUGUAUAUUUUAGUUAGUAUUGGAAAGCAGUUGGUUGGAGGAACAUGCUAUUUAUUGAUUGGAUUAGAAGAUGCAAGGGCUGAAUUUUAGCCUGUCCAUUUUUUUUUCUUUAAAUUUUAUCGAGAUUUGGAUUCAACCUUGUUUCAUUUUAAAUUAGUUUUAAUCAUUAGACCCCUGUUUGUUAUUGGUGAUUAGCCAUCUUUCUAAAAGCAGAGUCCCAUCUUUCUGCUAGGAAGCUGCUUUUGAUUUCCAUUUCCCACAAUUCAACAUAGACAAUAAACGAUGGGAAAUACGGGAAAGCCGCUAUGAGGGAGGCGCGAGUCGGUAAAGCGGGGGUUUCGGAUUCCGGUGACCCGGGUUCGAUACCCAAGUGGUGCGCUAGUGCCCUUUGGUAAGGCAUUUAUCCUCAUAACCAGGUCCCUCGGAGAGGACCUUAAGCCGUUGGUCCCCUGGUUGCUUGCUCACAGGCAUUCAUGCUUUCUUUAAUAGCAGUCAGGUAAAAAAUCUCGGUAUAUAUAUAUAUAAAAGAUGCAGAGUUGCUUUAGUGUGGUAUCCCUGUGAAAACAUGUAGCACAGUAAUUUGACAUAGUGCCUUGCAUUGUGGUCUCUUUCCCAUUUCAUUGAAUGCCUGUUUAGUCCUAUUCCAUAUAUGGUAAAAUUCUGAUUAUUUCGUCAAAUCUUAUAAUUUUUUCACUGGUUAUAAUAUCCGAAGAUUGUUUUAAUAGUCCUGCAAAGCUAAGACUACAAACCUUAUGAUCUGUCGUCCAAAAAUGGAGCACACAGAUCUAGACCACCUGUUCCUUUUUUUAUACCGUAUUCUGCAGGUUUCGUGAAAAGUGUUUUUUUUUAUUCUCUAAGUGUAUUUAGCAUAUAAAUCUGUUACAGAAAAAGUUCAAAAUCUUAUUUUACACCAAACUACUAUACUAUCAUCUCCCAUACUAAUAAUGCUAGAAACAAAAUCCUAUUUUACAUUUCUAAACAAGUCAUAAUUUCUUACUUGUUGUCACAAUAAACAUUAUAAAUACGAAAACUAACUUAUUCCAAAUUCAGGGCAGAUAUCCAAGUGUGUCUUAACUAUCAAUGCAGAUAGUAAUCGUUUUUGGUAGUUUUGAGAAAUCAUAUAUAAUUUUCAAUUCUUAUUGGUUUGGGAUUGCUAUGGGUGUGGUGAUAAAGCUUUCUUUCAAGUUGAAAACUCUUUGUUGUAUUUACCAGCCAUCCAUGAAUUGCAGUUCCUUGAAUUACAGAUAAAAAGUUGCAAGAAUAUUUAAAGUGAUUGGAUCAAUGAAAAUGAUUAUAAUACUGAUGUAGUUAAUACAUAGUAAUGCUAAUUGUAAUUUCUCCAUGUGCCUAAUAUUUUGACCUGAAAAUUUCCCUAUUUUAUGUGUCACAUCUAAACUACCACCCUGAUCUUGCUGCAUGAUAAAUACUUAAUACAAACACUAGAUAUGAUUUGAUUUUAUCAACUUGAGAAAGCGUGUCAUACUUGAGUAUAUUCACGAAUGUACUCAAUGGAAAUAUAUGAUUGUAUGUUACUGUUAACAAUAUUACUUUUGAAAAGUAACAAAUUUUACAGUGUUUUUUCUUCAUUAUCUUCAUAUUAUUGAGUUUAUUCUUGCAUUUAUUGGGUUUGACUGCCUUUCAUAAUUAAAAGUACAGAUUCAUACCUUA